CGUGUCGCAUGUCCAAGUACCAAACGCGUCCAGAACUGUCGGGCGUGCCUACACUGGUCGAUAGGUGGCAACCCGACACUGCGACCUUCAUUUUCCGCUGCACCGACACGGAGACCAACGCCCUCGGGCAAACCGAGCAAAGGCUCCUCUCAUCGCUCAACAUGAGUCCUCUCGUUCGUGCGGGCGAUCAGUUCAUUCCGACGAGUUGGUACAGCGCGUGGUUUGCCCGACUUUGUGGGGUGUGCGUGCUUGAUCUCAUCCCGUACAAGCUGAUGAUCACAGAGGCCACCCCAACGACCUUCGUGACGAGGCACAAGGUCUGUGGGAUGAUCGCACCAAAGCACGUACGCUCUGACACGUGGCAAGUCGCGUCACUGGCGCCACUCACCAUCAAGAGCACUGGGACGGUAUGCUCGUGUUGCACGUUCUGCAUCACGUGCGGCAGAUCGUCCGGAACCACGUACGAGCAAGAGCUGGUGGCAGAGGAUGCCGCGAUCUCCUUUGGGAUCACGCCGCAGGAGCUGCAGCGCGAGUGAAGCCCCGUCGACUCGAAUGAGAGAGCGUUCCCGACGAGACCAGCGUGUUGUCAACGGGGAUCUCCCCCCUUAUAGGCUCCCUUCCCAGCCCAAGCAGCCAAAGCCAUCCAUGGACUACGUGGCGAAGCAGCGCCAAGCCAACACGCCGCUGCCGCAGGACGAGGAUCCCCACCCCCCUGCCUAGCUGGAUGUCCUCCUCCCAUCCCUCAUUUGGCGUGUCUGUUUUCUUCGUUCUUUUUCCUGAUCCUCGACGCAACCC